AUGAACGGGUUUAGAGCGAACAGGAAUGGGCAUAAGUGGAAGUAUUUUAAUAAGGGAAGCGGAGAUGGCAGCGUUAACGGCUACGGAAAUGGCAGCGCUAAGGGCUACGGAAAUGGCAACGUUAAGGGCUACGGAAAUGGCAACUUUAACGGUUACAGAAAUGGCAACGUUCAGGGCUACGGCUCCAAAAAUCGGAAUGGCGGCAAAGGUAGAUUUGAUCGGACGCGUGAGACAUACAAACAAAACGAAGAAAAAAAUGUAGAAGAAAUUAUGGACUACUUGAUUAACAUUUCGUACAUUUUAAAUGAAAAAUAUGAAAAAUAUUUUGUUCACGAGCUGAAGGAAGAUAAUUUAAAAAAAGGAAAUAAAUGUUUUGGUGCCAUUAAUUUGAGCUACUCCUACGAUGUUGAAGACGAUAUAUGUAUUUUGAUAAAGAUAAAGGAUGAAAUAAAAGGGAGCGAGAAGGAGUUAGCAGAUCAGAGGAAGUGCUCGAAGAUAAUGGAAAAGCUGAUAUAUUAUUGCUUUUUCCUGCUAAGGUAUAACGAGCAGGAUGAGCAGGGUGAGAAGGAUGAGAAGUGUGAGAAGGAUAAGGAUUCGAGGAAUGCCGAGGACGAGAGACGUGGCAAAAUGAGCAUGCACUGCAUAGAAAUUUACAACCAUUUUUUGCAUGUGAUAUGUUCGGACUACCUGAAGCUAGCAUCGUCCAAUUAUGCUUCCCAUUUUGUGCAGACUGUCAUCUGUGUGUAUUCCUUUUUUAGAACAGUGGAAGAUAAAUACAUUGAAGAGUUGAAAAAAAGAAACAGGGGCUACCAAUCGUUGAGUGUUUACUUCAAAGAAAUAUGUUCCAUCACCACGGAGAAGGUAUUCACCCUGAUGUUGAAUAAAUCGGGAACGCAUGUGUUAAGGUCAUUUUUGUAUUCCCUGGCUGGCUACCUAAACAUCAACAUUUCUAACAUAUCUUUUAGAAAGUCUAAAGUUAGGGGAACCAGUACGAGGACUGAACUGAAGUACUUAGACAAAGGGCAAAGAAAAGGGGCCAGAAACGGAGGGGGAGAUGACCUGUUUUACAAGUACGUUGAUAUAAUUAUCCAGAAGGUGACGGAGGAAAUUUCCAACCCGAAGGUGACUCUCCCGAUGAAGAACCUGCUCUACCAGUACGUGUUUUAUGAUCAAGCGGGGGGGGGAGGCGGUGGAGGAGAGAGUGCCCUGUGUAGUGGCGGUAGGGAUGGCGGUAAGGAUGGCGAUAAGGAUGGCGAUAAGGAUGGCGAUAACCGUGCCGCUAACCGUGGCGAGCGUACAGAGCAACCCCCCCGAGGUGACAAGUACAUUAUGGAGAGCCAAAGUCAGCAUUUCAUCCCCCCGCUGCUGUACCACACGUAUGCAGUUCCAGCAUUGGGAACCCUGUUCGAACUCCUAAAGGAGAAAAACGUGGAAUGCGACAAAUUAGUGAAAGAAAUAUUUCUAAUAGAAAAGACGAAAAAAUAUUUUAUUAACAAGACACGAGAAAAUUGCAAGUGCCACGAGGAAAGUCCCCUAAAGCAAAUGCUCAGUAUUUUGAUCACGAUGGAUGGACCAAGCAUCAUGAUAGAAAAGUUACUCAAAAUAAAGAGUGAACCCAUUUUUUACGUUUUCAAUAUCUACAUUUUAAAAAACAUAAAUAAAUUGGUGUGUGACAAUGCAUACUCUAGCUUGGUCAUGUACAAUUACCUCACGUUGGAAUACAUCACGGAGGAGAUGUUCGACUUGCUUAUGAAGAAUAUAGAUAUCGACCUGAUUAUUCGAAGGAAGAAAUUCAGCGUGUUGAGGAGGCUCUUCGACUUGUCCCAGUGUUACCAGAAGAACUGCAAGUUCCUGCUGAACGCCUUGCUGCGGUGGUUGCGCGUGGGGGGGUUUGGCAGCACGGAUUCGGGCAAGACGAAUGGGGCGAGAAGUGGCACGAGUAGUGGCAAAACGAAUGGCGUGAGUAAUGGCGUGAGUGGUGGCGUGAGUGGUGGCGCCGGCGCCAACGCAGUUACCGAGGGUUCCCCCGGAGGCGCCGCGUCCGACGCGAAGUUCCUGUGGAUAUGCAUCCUGUGCAUGCGGAGCUACCAGGACCUGCAUCCCGUCCUCCGAGAGGUGUUCAGCGAGAAGAAGAAAAAGGGGCCGUGCGAAGAGGAGGGCAAAGUGGACCGCGCCAAUUUGAACAACUACAAUUUUUACGAUUACAUAAAAGUAGACACAAACGGGUACUACAUCCUGACGCACAUUUUAUCCUUUCCGAAAGAAUCCAUCACGCCGGUGACGAAUUCGUUCAGGCAGUUUUGUAAUUUUUUAAAAAUUGUAAAUGGAAAUGUGGCUAGCCAGAAGGAUAUCGAGAAGUAUAACAAUUUUUUUCAGACGUUCGGAGGAACCCAUGGGGGGAGUGAAAAUCGAGAGGAGGGAGAUGAUGCCGAUGUUGGAGAUGGGCCAAUUGGGGGAGAGAGGCAGAUGGGACAUGAACACACAAGGACAGGUAAUAACCCCCCCGAGAGAGAUGGCAGAAGAGUCAAACCAUUCAUACGGAAGAACGCAGACUUAAGAGGAAAUAUCCUGAUGUACUUUGCUUGUGAUAAAAAUUUGUCCGUUCUGUGCGAAAAAAUCGCACACACGUUUAACUUGAUAAACGAAAAAUAUUUGCGAAACUUUAUUCUGUUGUUUAAGAGUGAGUAUAAGAAAAUAGCUAGCCAUUAUGUAGGGGCCCACACUAUUGUGACCUUUUUCAAGCUGGGCUCCGACGAGGUGAAGAAGAAAAUAUUGGACGCCCUCGUGGAGGGGGACAUCAACGUAUUUAAUGGCUACAUAAAGAGCUUCAUGAAACUGAGGGA